ACACAAUUCAGCAAACCCUAAUCCAAUGGCUCCUCCUACCCUCCUCGCCCCCCCUAGUCUCCGCGAUCCUACCCCGCCACCAGCGGCUGCCGCCCCCACAGCCCCCACCGCCCCCACCGCUGACCCAUUCGUGGGCCUGAUGGUGGCCAACUUCAACAAAAUCGGUGACAGACCACCGAUAAACACUCCCAUGGGGUUCACCGAAAACGCUUCUCCGACGUUUCUGGCGUCCGGUAACCCAUGUGUCGACUUCUUUUUCCAUAUAGUGCCCAAUACUCCGGCCGAAUCGCUCACCCAGAGGCUGCAGCUGGCGUGGGCUCACAACGACUUGACCACCCUCAAGUUGGUCUGUAAUCUCCGCGGCGUGCGAGGGACUGGGAAAUCCGACAAAGAAGGGUUUUACACGGCUGCUUUCUGGCUACACGAGAACCACCCUAAAACCUUCGCCUGCAACGUGGAUUCGUUCGCGAAUUUUGGCUACUUCAAGGACUUACCGGAAAUUCUUUACCGGCUUCUGGAAGGAUCCGAUGUGAGGAAGAUACAGAAGGCGAAGUGGGAACAAAGAAAACUUGAAGAGGGUAAACUGAGAGGAUGGAGAGGUUGUGGGUUGAAUCUUGAGCACCCAAUGUUGUUCGGUCAUGGCAAUUUGCAGAGAAAGAACAAGGAGAAAGUUAGGAGAGUUGAGCCUAAGGUUCCUAAAAAGGUGAGAAUCUUGAAUGCUACGGAGAAGAACAGGAUCGGGAAGGAGAAGGCGACUGCCCUAAGAAAAGAAAAGAAGGCUUCCAUGGCAAAGAAGGUGAUUGAAAGAUACACCAGGGACCCAGAUUUUCGAUUCUUGCAUGAGCGGGUCUCGGAUCUUUUUGCCCAAUGUCUCAAGGCCGAUAUGCAACAUCUCAACUCCGGUCAAAUCAGGAAGGUGGGUCUCGCCGCUAAAUGGUGUCCGUCCCUCUAUUCCUCUUUUGAUCGGUCUACUCUGCUUUGUGAGAGUAUUGCAAGGAAGGUGUUCCCUCGUGAGAACAACCCCGAAUAUGAAGGCGUCCAGGAAGAGCAUUACGUUUACACGGUGCGUGAUCGGUUGAGGAAGGAGGUGUUGGUUCCGCUGCGGAAGGUCCUGGAGUUACCGGAGGUGUAUAUCGGUGCGAACCGGUGGGACGCAAUUCCGUAUAAUAGAGUAGCCUCUGUAGCCAUGAAGCUUCACAAGGAGAAGUUUUUGAAGCAUGAUCCUGAACGUUUCAAGAAGUACUUGGAGGAUGUCAAAGCCGGAAAGAAGAAGAUCACUGCCGGUGCAUUGCUUCCUCAUGAGAUAAUAGGAGCGCUGAAUAAUGCCGACAGUGGAGAAGUUGCAGAGCUCCAAUGGAAGAGAAUGGUGGAUGAUUUGCUUAAAAAGGGGAAACUUACAAAUUGUAUGGCUAUUUGCGACGUGUCUGGUAGCAUGACGGGUGACCCCAUGGAGGUUUCCGUUGCAUUGGGUGUUCUUGUGUCGGAAUUGAGCUCAGAACCAUGGAAAGGGAAGCUCAUUACAUUCAGUGCAAGUCCCCAACUCCAAACUGUGCAAGGGAAAGAUCUUAAGGCGAAGACUAGCUUCGUGAGAAGAAUGGAAUGGGGAAUGAACACCAAUUUCCAACGGGUGUUCGAUCUCAUCCUCGACGUAGCAGCCAGUGGGAACUUGAAACCGGAGCAGAUGAUUAAGAGACUGUUCGUAUUCAGCGACAUGGAAUUUGAUCAAGCGUCGAGAAACCCAUGGGAAACUGAUUAUCGAGUCAUUGUGAGGAAAUUCACCGAGAAAGGGUAUGGAGCUGCGAUCCCGCAGAUUGUGUUUUGGAACUUGAGAGACUCGAGGGCCACUCCGGUGACUGCAACUCAAAAUGGGGUGGCAAUGGUUAGUGGGUUCUCUAAGAACUUGCUCAAGGUCUUCUUGGAUAACGAUGGGGAGAUAAAUCCUGAAUCUAUCAUGCAGGAAGCCAUCUCGGGUGAAGAGUAUCAAAAACUAGUAGUGAUUGAUUGAUGAUCAAUGUACAGAUUUUGAAAAAUAAAAAUGACGUUCACCUCUCUUUUAUCAUUUUCAAUUCAAUGCACAUUUCUAUAUUCUAUCCUUCAGGAAUUUUCUAGCGUUCAUUGAGCAAUCUGCCAAACAAUUUCUAUCAUAAUAUCCCUUCUAUUCCUCCAUGUUUUAUGCUUUAAUUUUUUGUUUGGUUAUCUUAGAUUAGUUCUUAAAUGUACUAUUGCUAGUCUUUUAUAGUGCAUUAUGGCAGUAAAAGAAACAUUUCAUA